AUGAAGGCAGGGUUUUCGCCCUCGUUCGACAUCCUGAGACCAAACGCUACAGUGAGCCACUGUUUGAAGUGUCCAGGAGACUUCCUGCGGUGUCCCAUGAAGUGUCACGCGAGAUACCGGCGGAUGCCCACAAGGCGUAGUGUGUUGCUUGCGUGCAUAGUGACCAUCGCAACUCUACUCUUAGCGAGGCUCCUACAUCAGAGGAGGACGAACUUCCUCAUCAAUCGGAUGCUUGCAGAGAUCGCCCAUUGGAGAAACAGGACGCAUAUCGACCUCCCGGGAUGCACUUUGCCGUACGUGGAUCCCUCGAGCCGUGUCAUUCUGCGUGAUUGGUUCGAAAAUGGAGACUCCAUCGAUUGCCGAAAACAGAAGCGCUACAUCUUCAACACGGAAGUUCGCGGACAUAGGACAUGCCCGAGAUUGAACUCGGAGGUAUUGCUGGAGGACUACAACGCAAGACCGGAUCAAGUGGACUGUACCUACCAAGCCAUGACGCAUGAUCCUCGAUCGAGAAGAAUGAUGCUUUCCCUGAAAAAAGGCGAGAAGAAACCCUUACGAGGUUGUGCCGAUGACGAUCUUAUCUGGAUAACGUGUUAUGUGCAAGGGGUGUUUUACGAGCAGCCUCUCUUCACCAUAAAGGAUGUUCCUGGACGGAGCAGCGGCCGGACAGAUCCAUCCAUCGAAAACUUCGAUGUAGCAGUACUGGGGAUAGAUUCCAUGUCUCGUUUGAAUUUUCAUAGGAACUUUCCUCUGACUUCACGGAUGAUUCUCUCAAAUUACGGGGAGGACGCAAUAGAUCUGCAAGCAUUCAACAAAGUCGGCUUGAAUUCCGCACCGAAUCAAAUUCCGUUCCUCACCGGGAAACGCUUCCGGCAUGAGAGAGAUCUGACAAGAGGCGAGUAUGCGGACAACUUCUCCAGGUACAUUUGGGAGGAUUUUUCUGACGCUGGCUACUCCACGCUUUUCGCCGAGGAGCAGAUGGAGUUCGGGCUGUUCGUUUAUCCGAAUCGCAAGGGUUUCAAAAAAAUUCCAACCGACUUCUGGCCGCGACCGCUGAUGAUGAAGCAGAGCGAACGGAGAUGGGAUCAAAUUUACUCCUCAAAAAGCGCCAGGCAUUGUCUCGGAGGAGAGCUGACGUCGGCUUGCCUCCUUCGCUUCUGGUUCGAUGUCCAACGAGUUUCCCGGAGGCCGCUCUUCAGCUAUUUGUGGCUGAGCGAACUGACUCACGACACUUUGACCGGGGGCAGAAACCUUGACAGUUUGAUGUCGCAGACCUUCAAGAGCAUGCUCGAUGUGAUGACGAAUAACACCAUCAUCUUCUUCCUCUCCGAUCAUGGAUAUCGGAUGUCGCCGUAUAGGGAGACUCCUCUCGGGGAACACGAGGAUUUGCUCCCCUUCGGGAAAAUCCUCCUCCCUCCUCGAUUUCGGGACAAAUAUCCCGACAAGGUCGCUCGACUCAGAAGCAAUGCAGCCCGCCUCGUCACUCCUUACGACAUCCAUGCCACUCUGCUCUCGUUAGUGAAGAUCGCCUCGAAUGUAUCGCGAACUCCCGUGAGAUCCGACUCAGAGCUCGGUCUUAGUUUACUGGAUGAGCCCAUUCCGGCGGAGAGAACCUGUGGAGAUGCCGGAAUCGAUGCUGAAUAUUGCUCUUGCUAUGAUGGUUUUGAAAUCGAUCCGGACCAAUCGCGAGCGAAGCUCCUUGCAGAAGAAGUAAUCGCCACUGUUAAUGAAAUUCUAGAUUCAGCGAAGGCAACAAGUUGCUCACGUUUACGAGAUUUCGUGGUGAUCCGUUUGAAGCAGUUCGGAAAUAAGAUUCUGAAAGAAGUUUUCUACAAGAUCACAGUCAAAGCUGAACCCGGCUCCAUCAAGCUGGAAGCUUUUCUCAAGCGUCUGAAUAAUACCAAAUUCGCUAUGCAGGGACUGCCUGACCGUCUUGACCGGUACAGCGCAACUUCGACGUGUGCCAAGGAUACAGCACACGAGAAAUUUUGUAGAUGCAAGGGGUCGUGA